AUGAAGGUCGUCCUGCAGCGUGUCCUCAGCGCAUCCGUGCUUGUUGAGGGUAACGUCGUUGGUGCAAUUGGUCCAGGACUGUUGUGCUUUAUCGGCAUUGGCAAUGAUGAUACUGAAGAUGACGCUGAAUGGUGUUGUCGUCGUAUACUAAAUGCUCGUUUGUGGCCUGAAGAAUCAAAACGUCCAUGGAAAUUAUCUGUAAAGGAUAAAGAGUAUGAGUUGCUUCUUGUGAGUCAAUUUACGCUGCACGGACAAUUCCUCGGAAAUAAACCUGAUUUUCACCUUUCCAUGACACCCAGCUUAGCUAAGGAAUUCUACGACGCAUUCUGCGAGCGCGUGCGUCGUGAUUACGUUGCUGACAAAGUGGCGGAGGGUAUGUUUGGAGCCUAUAUGGAAGUCUCACUUGUGAAUGAUGGGCCCGUAACGAUGCAGCUCGAUUCGAAAAUACUUGGGAUGCUCAGACAGACGACUUAUCCUCAAAUGCAGUACUAUGUAGCUUGA